AUGGGGCUGACCAGAUGCGAAUUCCAAGGCGCCGGCAACGAAAAGGCAACACGAUCUUUGAAAGAGGCGGUGCUGUUCUACGAAUCCUUUCUGGAUGAAGUGGUGGCCGCUUCAGAAGAUGAACUUCCGUCUUCAAGCCCUGGUAGGAGAUAUGACCCAGCUCGCUGCUCUCUAGAUUCAUUGGCCGACUGGCUGGAAGACGCAACGCACAGCUCUGCUUUUUCAGGAAUUGCGGCGCCCGAGACUGCGCUUUUAGGUUUUCAUCACGCGCUUCAAGCCCGCUUGCCUAAGCGAAAGGUGGCGCUCCCCAAGUUGCUGAGCUUUUGCGAAUGGAACACAGAAUGCCAAGCUGAGUUGGAGACGCUUGCUUGCGGCAUCGAGCAGAACACGUGCAUUUUCACUGACAUUGCCCAGUUUUUCCGCCCAGAGCUCUACGAAGUGCUUGAAGAGUUGAAGAAGAAGCCGUCGAUGGCUGUGGAAGUUCUCAGCCCACUCUUGGCUGCCCAAAGCGCCAUGCGGAGGAAGGCGCACUGCGCGCGCCACAGCAAGCUAUGCUUCAUUGGCACAGCAAGAAUGCACACGGCAGGAAGCAGUUGCACUGCCCACAGCAAACAAGGGAAGCAGUUGGGGCUGGCAGACCCCAAUGUGCUUCACCUUUUAGCGUGGAUCGGACUGAGGCUGGAGGUGCAGGAGUAUGAAAUAAGUUUGGAGAACGUUGAGAGCUUCCCAUCUCACAUUCUGGAGCGGCUCCUGGGCAAGUACUACGUGAUAGAGUCGCAGGAUGGCGUCUUGCAGAACGAGUACGAGCGUGAACUUCAAUGGGCCUCCUCGCGCUCUUUGAGCAUGACCCACGCGUUUGGUGACGAAAAGGAGGCCGCUGCCUCUGCCUUGGACACGAUCAUCAAGCACUAUGGCGUGGACAGGGUUUCUGCUGCCAAGGAUGCGAUUGUCAGCGCGGGCGGUCCGGCUAAGCAGCCUUUCCUCGCGGCCCUGAAUGUCACUGAGGUUGAGAUGAGAUCAAAAUACUCGGAGCGUUUUCCAGCACAGGCUUGCUCCCAAGCAGGCAACAGCAUGAACGUGAUUUGCCCCUACAUUUGCGUGCUGCAUUCUGCAGCUUGCUGGCGAGCAGCGGCAGCUACUGACAGGAUUGUGGCGGAGGUGUCUCUGUUCCGGGAUGCCUGCAUGCAGCAGCAACACGCGGCCCAUGUUGCCCAACAAGAACACUUGGCUGCAGCGGCAGAGGCAGCUCGGGCAGUAGCGUCUCUUCGUGCGCCAGAAGGUGAGCGAGCCUACGUGCUUUUCCCGCACAUGUUUUGGAAUUGCGAUGCGCAACCGGCGGUGCCCAAAGCCAGCCAGACCUUGCUAUGUGACUGCUAUGUGGGAUGGCGCAACGCUGGAAGUCCAGUUCGGCAGAUCCUGAGAUUGUGGCUGGGGCCUCGGGCGCUGGCUGCCAGCGAUGAAGGAAGCACUGGUGGCACUGCUGGCGCAAUGCCCAGCCCCCGCAACACCGAGAAAAAGAGGAGAUUCAAGGCUGUUUCUGAGCCUGGCGCGGGGGAUGGCAAGAAGUCUAAAAGCGCGAAGGAGGCUCAGUCCAUUGAGGAGCUCUUUGGCGAGGAAUGCGUGGGGGCCCUGAGGAUUGAGCGCAUCUUUGAGAUUUUCGGGGAGCCAAAGAAUGAGUACGUUGACAUCCCCUGGUUCGAUGAAGACGGCAAGCCGAAUCUGAUUGCUGACCCAUUGAACCGACCCUUGCAGCUCUCGACUGUAGCCGAGUACGAGCAACGGCUGUUUGCUUCGGGCCUUGCUGACGAUUGCGCAGGUUUGCCAUGGCUGCGCUGGGGGAAAGGCGCGAAGGCGCGCAACUACCCGCUCCUGUGCUUGAGCUACAACCACAGGCGUCAGGCCUUUUACAACGCCUAUUCCAGAGAUCCGCAGCACCCAAUGGUCCAACAAGCCCUUCAGCAUGGUUUGCGGCGGGCCCGAGUGCUUGGCAAAGACACGCCGAACUUCGUAGUCGAGUGGCUCUGCUCAGAGCACAAUCGCCACCAUCAAGGAAGUGGUGAGACAGUCUGCGGGCUCUUGGGCGAAAGCCUCAAAGUGGAAGCCUCCUGGAAAAAGCGCUGUGCGUUGGAGGGCAUCACCGCUCGAAACCCGAACUACCAGAAGUUGUACGACGCCUUCGUCAGAACUCACUCUGAGGCUUUCAAAGAGACUGUGACGGCUUUCGGAGAUGCCAAAUCUUUGGCACACACGCUUGAAUUCUACGAUGUGUAUUCAGAAUUUCAGGACUGGCACCUGGCGCAUGGCGACUUUCUGUGCGGCUUCAACCCUAUGUCUGCGCUUUCGACAAUGAACGCGAUGGCCAAUGUCAUCGAGGACCGUGCUAUGAUGGCAAACAUCAUGACGCCCAUGGGCGAAUCCGUGACAUUCAAGAAGCUGCUCAAAUGCAAGGCUGAGCAGGAGGAAGACCUAGCUAUAGAGAAGAAGCUGGAGCAGGAGCAAACAGAUCAGCAGCAGGAGGGUCCAGGUCACUCCAGCGGAGGCGAAGAGGAUGAGGAGGAGGAGGAGAAGCAGCCAGACGUUGAUGAGAUCUUGCACGGUCUCCAGUCCGCGAAACAGGCAAAGCGCGAGAAGAAGAUUGCGAAGAAGAAGAAGAGAGAGGCCAGCAAAAAGAAGGCCAAGGCAGAUGCUUGCCGCAGCGAAGAGCAGAUGCCCGACAAACCCAACAAAGGCCUUGACGAGGCCAAGGAGUUUAUCGAGACUAUUUCCACCAGGACCAAGCCGCCGGAGUCCAGAGUCAAGCAUGCCCUGGACGACUUCUUGUGCGCCUUGAGCUUUGCCCGCUCCAAUCUCCGGGCCAGCAUUUCGGAUGAGGAAGCUGUCCGGACCAAGAAGUUCCUGACCAGUUUGUUUCUGGAACUUGCGUGGGCGUGCUCCGUCGCGGUGAACGGCAAGACCUUCAAAACUUACUACGCCUUCCGAGAGGAGUGCCAGCGCGUGUUUUACGCCGCCCACCAGAAGCUGCACGUGGGCGAAAAGUCCUAUGACCCGCUAGUGCUGGCGCAGGAGCUGAUGUCCAUGGUCAACGAAGCAGCUCGGCUGUCAGCUGCUGCGGAGCCCAACGAAGAGACCGACGGUGGCAAGGAUGAGGAGGCAAUGCUUGGGUAUGUCCGCGGCUUUGACGUGGACCCUGUCAAAAGCUUUGUCGAGUCCCAGCUGGUAUUGCCAGAGUCUAUGCAUGAAAAGUUUUCUGUGUUUCGCAGGGCUUUGGGCACGCGACAGCGCCAGUUCGCUGACAUUGCGGAUCUUCCCACGCAGCUUGCGUUCUUCCAUGAAGUGUUCGCGGAGGUCAACGCUGUGCCGAAGGCUUGGGUCAUUUAUGGCUCUUGCGUGGGCUUCCUGCUGAAGCAGACAGGUCGCUUUCCCGACGGUGCUGCUGCGGUUUUCCGGUCAUCAGAUGACAUUCUUGGUCGCUUCUGCUCUGCGCGGGCCCGGUACAUUAUUCUGGGCUUGAAGGACUUGGUCACCAUGAGGGUGCUCAAGGGGGCCCCCGCUGUCUUCAGCUUGGUGGCGUCUUUAGCUUCAGAGGUCGAGUCCAUUCCACCGCUUGACAUGACCUUGAUGGAUGGCCAGGGCGACAUCAUCCCUGAAUUGGCUCAGCAAGGAGAUGAGGGUUGGAGCAGCAAGUGGUCGCAGCUUUUGACAAGCUGCGCGGCGGUGUCAGAUGUUCCAAAAGCAGCCAGAGACCUGCUUGGCAUUCAGACUCAGCAGAAGACACAGCUGUCGCAGUCAGCGCCUGCAGCAGUGCCAAGAGGAGCGAGCGCAGAGAAAGAGCAUUUUGCGGCCCUCGCUCAGUCGGUGAAGUCCGCGAAGUUCCAGGACACCGCGCACGUGCUGCCAUCUCAUGUCUUCAAGUUGCAGGACUCGGGCUCGGGUGACGCAGGCGGCGAAGAUGUUGAUUUGGAGUCUGACGCGGGCCAACCUGAAGAAGAUGCCGAGCCUGAGUCCGCCUUUGCGGCUUUGCAGAAGCCUCUGAUCGUUGCCAAAGACUUGCACUCCGUCUUCUUGUCUGCCUGCAGCGAUGAUGACGGCUCUCGCGUGCGGGAGAAGAACAAGCUGGAGAAAGAACUUGGCAUUUCCAUGGCUGCGCAGUGGGUGAAGAUUGUUGAGCGAUCUCUUGAAAGUCUCCUCUGGGGCGUACUGGCUGAAUCCAGCGCCCACACCGACAAGUACGUCUUGUUUGUGGCCGACUCUGCUGUCUCAGGCAUCAAGGACAAAGUUGCUCUUGUGAACGCCCCAGCUGGCCUUGACUUGUGCUAUGUCGGGCCAGUGUCUACCACAAUGUCAUCCCCACAGGCAAAGAACAUUGCCCGCAUUGGAGGAGUUGACUUUUUUGUGCACCCUGCACCGACCCCACCAAGCGGCGAAGUCCUGGUACCAGCGUGGCUUGCCAAACCGACCCCCAAAAAGGAGAACGUGACUCUCAAGGCGGAGGAGGUUGGCAUGGACGCGUUCGUGACUUCGCAGGGCCUUGUUUCGAUUUCGCCUCCUGUGGCUAUUGAGACCUUGCGGGAGAACACGCGGGAGCUGGAGCGUCAGAACGAGUUCCUGAAGUCUGAAGUGCAAAAGCUGUCACAGCAAGUUGCGGCUGCCCACGCAGAGAAGCUCAACAUGGCCGAGCAGAACCCAGGCCAGGACAAGCCAGCAAACACCCAGAAAGCAGAGGCUGCCAAGGCUGCCAAGUCUGUCGAAGAGACGGCUGCGGCUGUGGAUUUGGCUCGCGCCAAUGAGUCCAACGAGUCUGGCGUCAAGCCAGCUCAGCCAACAGUUCCAGUGCCGGAGUCAGCUUUUGAAGGGGUGCGUCAAGAUCCGGCUGAUGUUCAGUCGGGCAGCGUGGCUGGCCAGAGCAAAGCUGACAAAGCUGACAUGGGUGCCGGUGAGGGUAAGAAGGGCACGAGCGGCGAGAUUGUCAACAAGUUUGCCACGUUCCGCCUGACUUUGCACACGCUUUCGACCUUGGAGAUGGAGACACCGUCUGCGGCGCCGGUUUCUUUGGCGCGAGCAAUGACGGCAGCAGAGGUUGCAGCGAAAGCCUCAAAGCAGAAGAAGGAUACCUCUGCGCACGGCAAGGCUGUCUCUGUUGGGAUGGCAGCAGCGUGGGAGAUUCGCUUGCACGAGCUAGAGGCGAAAGGCGAAGAGACAGCCGCCACCAAAAAGAAGAGAAAACUCGAAGAGAAAAAGGGCGACAAAGCAGCCGCGAUGAAAGCUGCGAAGGGUGCGCACUUGUUGAAGUGA